AUGGCACGUAAGACUAGCUUGAUUGCUGAAGUUGAUGAUUCAAAAGAAACAUGGAAAUUGGGAGUAAGAAUAACUAAUCUUUGGGUUGUUGAGAAGUCAUCGAAAGUGAAUGCUAUGGAAAUGAUAUUUAUGGAUCAAAAGGGAGGAAAAAUUACAGCUGUAGUGAAAAAAUUCGAUAUUGACAAGUGGAAGUCAAUGCUUAAGGAGGACAACACUUAUAUUGUUCAAAACUUUGAGGUUAACCACAAUGAUGGUCAAUUUAGGACUUCAAAUCAUCCUUACAAAUUAGUUUUCAUGAAAGGGACAAUAGUGCAAGCGCGUCAAAUUCCUGAAAUACCUCAUAAUAUUUAUCACUUCACUCCCUUUGAUGACAUCUUAGCGGGAGGUGCAUCUACUGAAGUGUUAGUAGAUUUAGAAGCCUUAUUUGUGUUGCCAUUCUCCCUGCAAGGUAUGGCACGUAAGACUAGCUUGAUUGCUGAAGUUGAUGAUUCAAAAGAAACAUGGAAAUUGGGAGUAAGAAUAACUAAUCUUUGGGUUGUUGAGAAGUCAUCGAAAGUGAAUGCUAUGGAAAUGAUAUUUAUGGAUCAAAAGGGAGGAAAAAUUACAGCUGUAGUGAAAAAAUUCGAUAUUGACAAGUGGAAGUCAAUGCUUAAGGAGGACAACACUUAUAUUGUUCAAAACUUUGAGGUUAACCACAAUGAUGGUCAAUUUAGGACUUCAAAUCAUCCUUACAAAUUAGUUUUCAUGAAAGGGACAAUAGUGCAAGCGCGUCAAAUUCCUGAAAUACCUCAUAAUAUUUAUCACUUCACUCCCUUUGAUGACAUCUUAGCGGGAGGUGCAUCUACUGAAGUGUUAGUAGAUGUGAUCGGUGAAUUGUCAGAUGUCGUACAAAUUCAAAAAGAGAGUGUGCCAAAAAGGGUGGUAUUGGUCUUAAAGGAUGAAAGGAACAAUACUCUUCAUUGUACUUUGUGGGAGAACUAUGCAGCUAGGAUGAUAAGUUUUCUGGAAACACAUGUAGAAGGUCAUGUUGUCAUAUUGCUUUCUCUUGCAAAGAUAAAAGAGACAAAUGGGAAAUAUCCAACAACCAUCCAAAACUCAAUGUAUUGUUCGAAAUUGUUCAUUGAUGAACCUCUUGCGGAGAUUUAG